CUAUACACUUACCCUAUCAAGUCGAUUCGUGGGACGGCCCUCUCGUCCGCUACCGCCACCCGAACAGGCUUUCUCUACGAUCGCCGGUUCAUGCUCCUGAAGGUCCUUGACGAUGGCACCUUGAAGAACAUGCAUGUUCCACACUUUCCAGAAAUGUCCCUUUUCCAAGCCGAGAUUGUCCUCCCUAGCGAGGAUGGUACGGAACCAGGACAGAUUAUAGUGACCUUUCGGCCAGCUGCGAGCGAGACCCUCAGUGAUGACAAUGGCACCAAAUCAACCCGCAUCCUCCACCUCCCCCUUUGUCCUGACACGCGGCAAUUGGGAGAGCUGGCCAUCGUGAUGCAUCAGAGCCCCACGAAGGGAUAUAAUAUGGGGGCGCAGUAUAAUGAUUGGUUCAGCGAGUGGUUCGGAUACCCCGUUGUGCUGGCCUACCUGGGACCACAUUCGAGGCGGGUUCUCGGGAGUUUCGAGCCCUCAAAAAGUGCAGCGCAUGCGGGGGCUAUCUAUGAUCGAGUCGGUGCAAGAGGGGAAGGAGAGGAACGCAUCACAUUCGCGGAUACGGCCCCGUAUCUGCUAGUGUCGGCGACAUCGGUGGACAACGUGUCGGAGCGGCUGGGAGGGGGCCUGGACAUGGAUGUCACCAAGUUCCGCCCAAACAUUGUUGUGGCUGGCGCAAAAGAGGCCUUCGAGGAAGACUUCUGGGCGGAGGUGGUUAUUGGGUCUGGCAAAGAAGGAAAAGCGCGGCUGCUGCUGACAGCCAACUGCAUUCGGUGUCAGAGUCUGAAUGUCGACUAUGCGACGGGCGCGAUGGCACAGGGGGAGAUGGGCAAUGUGUUGAAGAAAUUGAUGAAAGACCGUAGGGUCGACAAAGGGGCGAAAUUUAGCCCAGUCUUCGGUCGAUAUGUCUUUCUCGACGGUGAGUCGGAGGGUCAGACAGUGCAGGUGGGUGAUGAGGUGGUUGUCACUCGACGCAUGGAUGAACGAAUGGUGUACGGUGAGUACUGA